AUGCAAUCCUAUCCCGGUUCCUGCUUCUGUCAUAAAAUCACCUAUAAACUUAACCUCUCAUCACCAGACGACGCCCGCACGUCCCUCUGCCAUUGUCGCAGCUGCAAGAAAGCUUUCGGAACAAACUACGGUCUAACCGCCAAGGUCCCCAAGGAUGCUCUUCAGAUCACAUCUGGCACGCUUAAGGAGUAUGUGGGCGAUAAUGGGUCUGGGAGUAUGAUCCAUCGCGAGUUUUGUGGGGAUUGUGGGAGUUAUAUUUGCGAGUAUGGGGAUGCGGUCAAGAAUGAUUUCCGGUAUAUUUGUGUAGGGACCUUGGAUGAUCCGGAGGUGUUGCCACCCAAAGGGGAGUUCUUCUGUCAGAGUAGGGUUCGUUGGAUGCCUGAGAUUCCGGAUGUUUUCCACAAAAGCAAGAUAAAGGAGUGA